UGUUCCUCUGCAGUAGCUGCAGUUUGAGAUGAAACCUGAGAUCUCCGGUGAUGAACAUGCCAAGCCUAAUGGACAGACUGCCACACGCCUUUCUGCUGAUGUGUUACUGUUUCACAUAUGUCAGUGUCUAUGGACUAGGACCUGGAACUGAUCACAACACCUCUGCGAGCUUUAACGAUUCUUCUAUCGGUGAUGGUGAUGUUGUCAGACAUUCAGCCUUCAACGAGGGGAGUGAUGUUGACUUGACAUGCAGCAAUAAGACGUGGAAAGAGACACUAUAUGUUAUCUGGACAAUACAGUUGAAAUACAGGAAUGAAUGUCAUAUAUCCUUAGAUGACAGAGGCCGAGGAGUAGACACAUGCAAAGAUGGCAAGUCACUCACAUAUACAUCCAGCACUCAGUCAUACCUGCACAUCCCAGACUUCACCAAUGGUGACGAAGGGGUCUACAAAUGUGAGUUGGUUUACAAAGGAGGAAGCGAGCGUUAUGAGAUCAGCGUGGCCAUCACAGUUCCUCCCAGAACAUCAGCCUGGUUUGACCAACAGGACAACAAGAUGGUGGCAGUGUGCAAAGCUGAAAGAGGAAAACCUGCUGCCAACAUCCUCUGGAGCCACGCGGGAAACAUAUCGGAUGUGAAAACAUCGUCUGAACCAGAUGGAUUUUUUACAGUAGAGAGUCGUCUGAAGAUAUCAGAAGGAAUGGACACAGAAAACCUGAGCUGUACCAUCAGUCACCCGUACUGGAGAGAGGAGAAGAUUUUGGAACUAAAACUCCCAAGAGAUUAUGUUCAUUGGCCACGUAUCCUGACUGUUGUGGCAGUCCUUGUGAUUUUGGCAGGAUUUUUACUUUUAUACAAGCGAAAAUAAUGUUGAGGUGAUGUCAGCAUUUUGACACCUUUCCAACCACAUCUGCACCAGAAUCGCUCUGCCAUCCACCGGUGGUAUGGCAGAACAUUGUCCACCAUCGUGACCAUGCACUGCAUCGCGCUAAGAUCCCUGAAUAAUGCAAAUAAUUCAAGCUUAAAUCUAGAACUGCUGAAUAGUUUCAACUGUCUUCAGACAACAGUCAGGUUGUAGAUUGAAACUAGUUUUGCUUGCUGUAGUAAUUUCUUCAUUAUGCUGAGUGGUAUCCACGGUCCUUGAGAGACAGUCAUGUCUGCAGACUUGUGAGAUUGCUGAUGUUAAACUGUAGGCUGCCACUGCUAUAAUUUGCUUGACCCUCACACUGAAUAUUUAGUUGAACUGAAAAAAAGAAACCACACAAAUGUAUUUCUGUCCACAAAGCGUGGCAUAUUUGAACUCUUUUAGUUUUGCACAGUGUUGGAGGAAGUAUUCAGAUCCUUUACUUGAAAUUGAAAGUACUGUAACCAGACUGUGAAUAUACUCUGUUACAUGUCUGCUUUGAAAAUGUCACUCAAGAAAAUUAAAACAUUCAAAGUAAAAGUUCUUGAAGCAGAAAAUGUCUUGUAUGAUUAUUAUUUCAUCCCUUUAGAUUGUCUUUUGUCAUGCAUUAAUGUUAAAGCAGUGUUUUGCUUUGUGUUCUUGAUGGAGCUCACUCAACUAUUUUGUACAAGUAAACUAAUGA